AUGGGUCGCGUUCGUACCAAGACCGUGAAGAAGUCCGCCAAGGUAAUUAUCGAGAGAUAUUACCCCAAGUUGACCCUCGAUUUCGAGACCAACAAGAGAAUCUGCGAUGAGAUCGCCAUCAUUGCUUCCAAGCGUCUUCGCAACAAGAUUGCUGGUUACACUACCCAUUUGAUGAAGCGUAUUCAACGUGGUCCUGUUCGUGGUAUCUCCUUCAAGCUUCAAGAAGAGGAGCGUGAGCGAAAGGAUCAAUACGUCCCCGAGAUCUCUGCUCUCGACUUCAGCCAAACCGAGACUGGACAACUCGAGGUCGAUACCGAUACAAAGGAUCUCCUCAAGAGCCUUGGUUUCGAUUCCGUCCCCGUUACCGUUGUCGCAGUCUCACAACAACAAACCGUCGAGAGACCACGCCGAAACUUCAACGACCGCCCACCACGAAAUUAGGUUCUCUAUUUGCAGAAAAGCGUGCGUUAGGGAUGGAUUGGCUCGGAUCUGGUUGCUUCUGGGCGUCUUGCUGGCUGGUAUUGCAUACUAGAUCAAUGUGAGGUGUUUCUCCCACACAGGUGUCGCUGAUUCUCCUUGGAGAUGAUGCUUGAUUGCCAUUUUCCUAUUUCUUCGUGUAUGGUGAACCUUUGAUCUUGUUAGUUUGACGACCUACCGUAUGCCCAUUCGUCCAUCGGCGCCAAUCACUGAUGAAGCUCUCUGUUCGUAUAGGGCUGGAGGUUGCUAAUCCUUGCGACUAUCUCGACAAACGUUGUUUUCAUUGGAAAGACACCCAAGGUAAGUUUCAGGAUAUUCUCGUGAAAAUCAUGGACGUAAAUUGGAUAUCUAAAGUUUAUGCCAAAUGAACUUUUCCACCCCU